GAAGCCAACUGGGUUGAGGAGGUCCUUGAGACGUGCUCGUAUUAUAUUUAUUUGACGCCUCCCUCCGUCUCGCUGUAUAUUGGGAGUAGAAAAUCGUCGCCUGUGCUACGCUGCGCUUGGUUGCCAUGGGUUCCCAGGAAGAGGAGCGGCUACUGCUCGAAGGCAGGCUCUUGGAGAAUGGAAGCGAGGGGCUCUACACCGGGGACGGAUCCGUUGACAUCAAUGGUAAUCCUGUAAUGAAGCACAAAACAGGAAAUUGGAAAGCAUGCCCUUUCAUUCUAGGAACUGAAUGCUGCGAGCGUUUAGCCUACUAUGGUAUUGCAACAAACCUUGUAACUUAUCUAACAACAAAACUACAUCAAGGCAAUGUAUCAGCUGCAAGAAACGUUACAACUUGGCAAGGAACCUGCUACCUUGCCCCUCUUAUUGGUGCUGUUUUAGCUGAUGCAUAUUGGGGGAGGUAUUGGACCAUUGCAGUUUUUUCAACCAUAUACUUCAUUGGAAUGGCCACACUUACACUCUCAGCGUCAGUUCCACAAUUUAAGCCUCCUGCUUGUGUAGAUUCUGAAUGUCCAGAAGCAACAGCAAUCCAAUAUGCUGUGUUCUUCCUGGGUCUUUAUCUGAUUGCUUUAGGGACUGGUGGCAUCAAACCCUGUGUUUCAUCAUUUGGAGCUGAUCAAUUCGAUGAUAGCGAUUCACGGGAGAGGGUUAGAAAGGGCUCUUUCUUCAAUUGGUUUUAUUUCUCAAUCAACAUUGGUGCUCUUAUUUCUAGCAGCUUUCUUGUGUGGGUGCAAGAUAACUGUGGCUGGGGUCUUGGAUUUGGUAUCCCAACAUUGUUCAUGGGACUGGCAAUCGGAAGUUUUUUUUCUGGAACAUAUCUUUACAGGUUCCAGAAACCAGGCGGAAGUCCACUUACAAGAGUGUGCCAAGUGGUGAUUGCUUCCAUUCGCAAGUGGAAUGUAAAAGUUCCCCUUGAUAGCUCCCUCUUGUAUGAACUUCCUGAUAAGAGCUCAGCAAUUGAAGGCAGUCGAAAACUGGAACAUAGUGAUGAGCUUAAGUUUCUUGACAAGGCUGCUACUUUGUCAGAUUUUGAUACCAAAACAGAAGGUUCUUCCAAUCCUUGGACACUCUGCACUGUAACCCAGGUGGAGGAGCUAAAGAUCUUGGUCAGGAUGUUCCCCAUCUGGGCCACCGGAAUCGUUUUUUCUGCCGUAUAUGCCCAGAUGUCAACCAUGUUUGUUGAACAGGGAAUGGUCCUCAAUACCACCAUUGGAUCCUUCACCAUUCCUCCUGCAUCCUUAUCAACCUUCGACGUCAUAAGCGUCAUCGUAUGGGUUCCGGUCUACGACAGCAUCCUUGUGCCAAUAGCAAGAAGGAUCACUGGAAAAGAGAGGGGCUUCUCUGAGCUCCAAAGGAUGGGCAUUGGCCUCUUCAUUUCAAUACUGGCAAUGACUGCUGCUGCUUUUGUUGAGAUUAGAAGAUUAGAUAUUGCUAAAGCUGAAGGCUUAGUGCAUGUAAAAGCUGCAGUGCCAAUGAGCAUCUUGUGGCAAAUUCCUCAGUAUUUCUUGGUCGGUGCUGCUGAGAUAUUCACAUUUAUUGGACAACUGGAGUUUUUCUAUGAUCAAUCUCCUGAUGCAAUGAGAAGCCUCUGCAGUGCACUCUCACUUAUGACAACUGCACUUGGGAACUAUUUGAGUUCCUUCAUACUAACCAUUGUGACAUCUGUGACAACAAGGGGAGGAAAACCUGGAUGGAUUCCUGAUAACCUCAAUGAGGGCCAUCUUGAUAACUUCUUUUGGCUUAUUGCUGGACUUAGCUUUCUCAACAUGUUGAUUUAUGUUUUCUGUGCCAACAGGUAUAAAUGCAAGAAGGCUACUUGAUUUUUGGCUGAGAUGGUGAUAGUGCCAGUAUCUUGUUGUGCAAAAGAAUGUAAAUUUGUUAAUGUUGUUUGGAUAGUUCCUUAUUUUCAAACAAUUUCAUGAAGCCUGAACGAUUGAGCAUGUAUAUAUGUGUAUACUUGGUGUUACUUUUC